CGGAACUUGGUAUCGUUUGCCUAAUACGAACUGCGCUUGCACAUUUAGCAGAAGAAGUACAAUAUUUUUAAGAUUGUAUGUAUUCAUCCACAUUUUUAUUUAAAAAGAACAUGAAUCGUUCUACUCAAGUUGAGUUUCAUAAAUUUUAAUUAAUUUUAAUUUUUAAAUAACACUUCACACCUUUCGCGACCUUGGUUAAGUUGGCAAGUAUUAAAUAAAAGUGUAAAAGUCACCGGCUCAACCUUGGAAUUUUGAAUAAAUACGGGAUCCGAUUAGUACGUCGGGCCAUUCUUGCAAUAUAACUUUGAAUUCACUCGAAAUAAACUUCAAAACCAAUCAUUCCAAAUAUUUUCGUGCAUAUUUUUCACAAAAAUAUUCACCGAGUUAAAGCUGUUCGGAAAAUGGAAAAAGAAGCGUACGCAACAUUUGCCCGCAACACGGGUGAGGUGGAAGAAGCCUUAAUUUUGCUGAAAUCCAUCAAGGAAACUAAAACCUUUAAAAAGGUUUUGAUUUUGUACGAUUCUGAAAUUGGAAUCGACUCUUGGACCAAUUUGGCUAACCAGUUUGACGAUAUGGUUCAACUGAUAAGAUUUCCGGGCUUAAAAGUGGAUUUUUGGAGUCAACUCAUGCUCACUUGCGCAACAAUUUUGGACUUUGACCGGAUUUGUUUGAUUGACCCUUCAGCAUUGGUUUUUAAAAAUGCAGACUCUCUAUUUUCGUACGAUCCUGCCAAAAUUGUUUUUGGAACGGGAUUGUUUAUCUUGCCCCUUUGCCCAAAUGCUUCUGGGUACCUGUUUAAUUGUUUGAAGAAUGAGCUGGAAUCUGGACGAACCUUUCAUAAACUAAAAGAUGCGUUGGUUAAUGAUUCGAGGGCGGUAUAUUUGAAGAAACAAUUUGUCACUGAUAUGAAAAAGGAGAAUUUGAACUUGAGCCAUCGACAAAAAUUGUUUUUCUUGGAGAAUCAAGCAAACAAACAACGGAUAGAGUGA